GAUGGCCGCGUGACAUCUUCUCGAGCAGCGAGCCCACCGUACAACGAAGGAAAAGAAAGACUGCAACGUGUUUGUUGCCGUGUUGGAUUGCGUGUUUCACUCAGAAGAAGAAGCCGCCGAUAGAUUGUGUACAUUGAAGUUGUAGGUCCAUCAAAGCCGGAUUGGAAAGAGGGGCUACACCACGCACCCCCCUCCCCCUACCACACACACACGGAUAGAGCACCCAGACGGUGGAUUUCUUUCGUUGUGUACUCACCGCUCUUCACCCUUCACACCACUGGCGUUGGAAGCCGGCGGUGCUUCGUCAGCAUGUCUGAGCUACACAUUAUCGGGGAGAUUCAGACUGGCCACAACUUCGGUGGCAGUGCGUACUUCUGCACCUACGAGAUCGUCACCGGCACGCAGUGGACGGUGAUUGAGGGCCGCACCUCCGGCUCUACCCACGUCAUGCGAAACGGCAGCGAAGGCAUCGCGUGGAACUUCCCGAUCGACGUGCAUUACUGCUUUAACAGUGUGCAGGGCUGGCCAAAGAUUGCGAUUCAGGUGUGGCAGUUGGACGACUACGGCUGCAAGGACAUUGGAGGCUACGGGACGGCCUACCUGCCCAUGCCCGGCGGUGGGCCGCAGACGAUGCAGGUGUCGACGUGGCGGCCGAAUCUGUGGAGCCCGAGCGCGCUGAAGCGGCUGUGGCAGACGAUGCGGCUCUUCAUCAUGGGCGGCUACCCCGUGUUGCGCGACAACUCUCUUAUUGCGGACAAUGAGCAGCGAUUCAAGCUGCACACCGUCACUAGCGGUACGGUGAAGAUGACGUUCACCGUCUUUGGGCGUGGAAUGCGGCGCGCAGGGCUCAUCUAUUCAUAG